UUGAAUUUUAUGAUGUUGAUUUUAUUAACCUGCUGGGGAAUUACUAUUCCACAUGCACUCUCUAGAAGUGGGGAUCCACCUAGCUUUAAAAUUGUUUAUAAGACCAGGCAGACGUUGCACUUUGUUAAAAAACUUACAAUGAAGACUACAAUAAUUUUGUUUGCGGUUGUUCUUUUGUCGCAUAUUACAGUGAAUAGGGUUCUCUGUUACCCUGCUGAAGAUGGCAGUGCUACAGGUCGCAUUUUACGAUCACUACCAAAACCAACUCCUGAAAAAACUUGUCACUUGAACUGUUUAGACCAAGGCUUCACAAAUGGAACUUGUCGGACUAAUACAUGUUACUGUGAUAACAAAGUUGCAUUCUCAGCGUGUACAUUUCGAACAACAAAUGUUUAAAUAGAUAUCUAAUAAAUUUGACUAAGUUAAUUUGAAUUUAUCGCCACACGCCCCUCCAACAAUUUUAAGUUCGGUCCUGUCGUGCGCAACCAUUCCGCAUCGUGACGUCACCCACAAAUUGUAUACUUAACCAUAACCUCACUUAAAAAUGAAAUUUUCCAAAAAAGAAUAAAAACGCGAUUUCUCACAAUGGACGACAGCAAAGGUACCCCCGAGAGCGAUUUCAGCAUCGAGUGUUUCCAAAACUACACCGCCCCGGAGGUUUUCAUACAAGGCUUAGCCGGAAUAGUUGAUCAACAAGAUGUCGAAACAAUGAUAAGAGCCCAGAAACAAAUGCUACAAAGAUUCGAAAAAACAAACGAAAUGCUCACAAACUGUAACGCAUUAAGUGCCAACCGUCUCAAGACUAUCGGGCCAGAGUUCAAGAAGCACACGCAGUUGUUGCUUGAAACGAAAAAAGACUUGGACUACAUUUUCAAAAAAAUUCGUGCCAUAAAAACGAAGCUGUCGACGCAGUACCCUGACGCUUUUGCUGAAGCUGUGCGGAGUAGUUUGGCGGAAGAGUGUGAGGAAGAUGAUGAUUUGAAUGAUAGUAGCGCUAGCAACAAGAAGGAUAAUAGGAGGAGUCUUCACUUGAAGAGUACUGAUAGUGGGAGUAUCGAAAUGGAAAGGAGGGCUUCUCAGUAAUUAAAUUGACUCCGUCGCCGCCCGCCAUUGGCCGAUUUAAACCCGACUUGACGUUUGGCAUCCAUCUGCAUUGUAACG